UCCAAGCCAGUAGGGCAUCUGCGUUGAAGGCUUGUGGUUACUUUCACACUUUGGUUGAUAAUAAAUCAAAUUCUGAAAAAAUUUUCUGCCAUUUUUAAUAAGGGAUACAUUCGUACCUUCGCAUUCCAUCAAGCAGACAUUUUCGGUGUUGUAUCACAGUUUGUUGGGGUUUAAGGUUUAUUGUAAUGUUUGGAUCAAGGAUAACUCCAGGGAAGUGAGGCUGCCAGAUGUGAUCAUGGGCGUUUUUUGUUGAAAGGCAGAGCUUGUGUUGCUUACUGUAGUGAUGGGUCAGCGGUUGAGUGAGGAUUCGGAUGAGAAAGAGAUUGAUGUUGCUGAACUGCAGGAGUGGUACAAGAAGUUUGUGGUGGAAUGCCCAAGCGGAACCCUCUUCAUGCACGAGUUCAAGAGCUUCUUUGGCGUUACUGGCAACCAGGAAGCAUCGGAUUACAUAGAAAACAUGUUCCGGGCUUUUGACAAAAAUGGGGACAACACUAUUGAUUUUCUGGAAUAUGUUGCGGCCUUGAAUCUAGUGCUGAGAGGAAAGCUUGAGCACAAACUGAAAUGGACUUUUAAAAUGUACGACAAGGAUGGGAGUGGCUGUAUCGACAAAACAGAGCUAAAGGAGAUUGUGGAGUCAAUCUACCGACUAAAGAAAGCCUGCCAUGGUGAACUUGAUGAAGAGUGUAACCUCCUGACCCCAGAUCAGGUGGUGGACAGAAUAUUUGAGCUAGUGGAUGAGAAUGGAGAUGGGGAGUUGUCUCUGGAUGAGUUCAUUGACGGGGCACGGCGAGACAAAUGGGUCAUGAAGAUGCUGCAAAUGGAUGUUAACCCCGGGGACUGGAUUAAUGAACAGCGACGCCGCAGCAGCAACUUUUGAACUCCAUAUUAACAAAACAAACCCUUAACAUACUGGAAACCUACCCCUUCAGCAAACAUUAUACACAGAUUAUACAUAGUUUCUCAAAAUGUUAGGCCUGGCAAUGAAAGUGAACCUUAAUCUAUCAGCUCCAAUCAUUUUGAUAAAGUGUAGAGAGAGAUCUCUGGCGUGGAGGGAAAUGACCUCGCUUCUGUCUCUUCCUAUCCCUCUUCUUUUCUCAUAUAUUCCCCACUGCAUCUCUCCCUUGUGUGUGUUUUGAAAACAACAUUUAUUUUAUUUAAAUGUGUAUAUUCAUGUUUUCUUUAUUCUUUCUCUCAUAUUUGUUCUUGGGAACUGUGAAAGUCUUUAAUUCUGACUUUCUGUUAUUACUGUUACGCUUCAGAUGAGGCAGUUUUGAGUUUUAUUGUCUGACACAUAUUACACAAUUAAAGGGAUAGUUGACCAAAAAAUGAAACUUCUCUCAUCAUUUACUCACACUCAUGCCAUCCGAGUUGUGUAUGACUUUCUUUCUUCUGCAGAAAACAACCAAAGAUUUUUAGAAGAAUAUUUCAGCUCUGUAGGUCCAUUCAAAGGAAGUGAAUGGGUGGCCAGAACUUUGAAGGUCCAAAUAGCACAUAAAGGCAGCAUAAAAGUAAUCCAUAUGACUCAAGUGGUUAAAUCCAUGUCUUCUGAUGCGAUAUGAUAAGUGUGGGUGAGAAACAGAUCAAUAUUUAAGUCCUUUUAUCCUUUAAAUUCUCCUCCCUGCCCAGUAGGUGGUGAUAUGCACAACGAAUGUGAAUAACAAAAAACAAAAGAAGAAGAAUGUAAAAUUGAAAGUGGAAAUUGAUAGUAAAAAAAAAAAAAAAAAAAAAAAAAAAAAAAAACAUAAAUAUUUAUCUGUUUCUCACCCACACUUAUCAUAUCGCAUCAGAAGACAUGGAUUUAACCACUGGAGUCAUAUGGAUUACUUUUAUGCUGCCUUUAUGUGCUUUUUGGAGCUUAACAGUUCUGGCCACCAUUCACUUCUUUUGUAUGGACCUACAGAGCUGAGAUAUUCUUCUAAAAUCUUUGUUUGUGCUCUGCAGAAGAAAAAAGUUAUAUGCAUCUGGGAUGGCAUGAGGGAGUGUAAAUGAUAUGAGAAAUGAGAAUUUUCAUUUUUGGGUGAAAUAUUCCUAUAAGGAAUAAUAGCAGCCAUUGAUUUCAUAUGGACAUAUCUAAUGUUUGUAAAUAUAUUAAUAUUGUAAAGACUAAGAUCUCUUUAAGGUUACAAUUCAAUCAUACAUUACAUAAACUGUGGUGUAUGAAUUAAAUUAUAUUCUUUUUCAUUUUAUACAAGGUCACAGUAAAUAAUUAAAAAAAUAUAAUAAUAAUUUACAACUGGCAUGUUCUAACAUGUUCUUUUGUCAGUGGUGGCACAUACACACCAGUAACAUUACUCAUGAAUGUCAUUAUUGAUUUGUUGAUUGGAGGUUGAUAUUGAAGAUAAGGAAGGUUUUACAAAACAUUAAUUAUAUCUAUAUCAGAUAAUUACCAAGCCUACUGAAGGAUAUUUUUUUUUUUUUUUUUUUUUUACAGUGUUAUAAUUUGAUUAACAUCAUCACUAACACCUCUAACAUUUCAAAAGGACCUUCAAAUAGGUUUUUAAGGAAACGUAAGCACAUGGACCCUUGCUGUCCUCACUGCAAAUAACUUUUAGUCUCAUGAAAGUUUUUUUUUUUUUCUUCACUGAUAUUAAAAAAUAGAAUUACAAAUUAGUAUUGCAUUUAAAACAUUCUGAGUUAUUUUUGUGUUUUACAAUAAUAAAACAAAUUAUUUUAAUGAACAUUGUGUAUUUUAAUGUACAUUUAAUAAAUAAGCUUAUAUUAUUUUCCAAA